AUGGAGGACAAUCGGAUACUAGGAGAGGAUCUCCCUCUCACUGUCGACCAGCUAUUCGAACGUCUGGGACAUAUCCCCGGAUAUACGUGGGACACGAGUCUCCGGCCCGUUCACUCCUCUUACGAUCAUUGGCAGGUUACGGGAACGAAGCAUUCCUCCGAGCCUGACGCGUUUUCAUCGACCCCAGCUUCGUCUUCAUCCUUUUCCAAAGACUCCAACACCACGCAGGACCUCCAGAGAUCGGACUCGAGCUCGGUUUCUCGCAAUAAUAGCCGGGGUAGCCUGAGUGAAGGAAGCAGUGGGAUUACGUCGCCUCGCACGGAGCUCGACGUUUCCGUUGCGGUGGUUGCGCGUAUAUCGAGCCAUAUAAUUCGUUUGGAACGAGAAUAUCAUUCCAUGAAGACCAUAAUUGACAUGUCAGACCCGGAAUGCAAACACACAGUUCGUCCAAUAGAUAUUAUUCGUUUGCCCGCCCAGCAUGGUCAUCGCGUAUCCUUGCUGGUGACAAUAUUUGAAUUCCCCGGCCCAAAUUACCUUGGCCAGUUGGUGAGCUUCGGCUCAGCGUUCUAUCAGACCAACGGGAAUUAUGACCUUACAAAAUUUCCGCCCGUGGGUGAGAUCCCGUUGUCUAUCUUCCUAGAUUUUGCCAUCGGUGCUUGCGAAUGCCUAGAACUUUUACAUUACGGCUUGAAGAAUGUCCAUGGCGAGAUCCGAGCUGAUGCUUUCUACUUCAACCGGGAAACCGGGGCUGUAAAGCUUUCGAAUACCGGAAACGGCUCGAGAUCUUUCGAUAACGCGCUUAGUGAAGGCUGGUCCACGCUAUCUAGGGAGUCGGGUGCAAAAGACAAAUUGCGGUCUAUUGCCCCAGAGCAAACCGGACGACUCCUUACGGAACCUGAUAGCCGGACUGACAUCUAUGCACUUGGUGUGCUCUUUUGGUCCAUGCUUGCCGGUAGACCGGCCUUCGAUGGAAAUGACCCAGUUGAGGUGGUACAAAACGUUUUAACUAAAAGGUUAAGCCCGGUGACAAGUAGGCGGAUGGAUAUACCUGAUGCAAUCUCGGCCGUGAUUCAAAAGAUGACCCAAAAACAAAUAACUGACAGGUAUCACACCAUUUCCUCCGUCAAAAUGGAUUUGCAGAAGAUAGUCAAGCUACUGGGUGAUGGUGACGCCGAAGCGCUCAAGAACUUUCAGAUCGCCCAGAGGGAUGUCAGCGCAUUUUUUACUUUACCUACUGCUUUGUAUGGUCGCAAAGAGGAAUGCGAGCGGAUCCUUCAAGUCGUCCACAAAGCGCAGAAACGUGUGCAGGAACUCCCAGUUCCCAAUGCAAAGGCUAACAUUCAGCCCAAGCACUCUUUCAGCUCCGGUUCCUCCAUGUCCGGUGACCGUAUUGACACAGUUGAAAUUGGGGAUGCUUCUAGCGAUUCUGGAUCUUACGGGAUAGCAAGUUUUAGAAAUACUUCUUCACCGGCAGCCGCCCUGCUACCCCACCUUUCGCCGCAGGAAUCUGUUAACAGUGCUGACUCGUCAACAUCCACACAAAAGAAUCUGCCGUUGAGUCGCGUGAAAAGCCCAAUAGAUUCUCGCCUUUCUUGGGAUAAUAGUGAAAAAGAGGCUAGUGUCGGCAGCCAUAACCCCCAGUUUGAUACUCUUCCAUGGUUGGGCAAACUGAUGGCGCAGUCGAAAUAUCGUCACGGUGGUAGAUGUGAGAUAAUCACGAUAUCUGGAACUGGAGGUUUGGGAAAAUCGGACCUAAUACAGAGAGUUCAACCGGAAAUCCGGAGACGGGGGUACAUGGCAGUUGCGCGACUUGAUCGUUCUCGCAGGGUUCCAUUUGAGCCUUUCAUUAGAGUGUUGGCGACGCUAUUGCAACAGAUAUUUUCUGAACGGGAUAUCAAUACCGAAUACCAUAAUUCCAUCCGUACGACACUGCGGCCGAUAUGGCGAAGCCUUCGUCGCACACUUGAUCUACCGGAGCAGCUGAUCUAUCCUUCGUCUGGCCAGGGCAAACAGCUGGGGUCUAAAACUACGGUGCUUCCAUUACAUGAUAUAAAAGAAGCGCCCGAAAGAGAAAUCAGUCCUGACCAUACUGGUUUUGUGAGUUUAAGCUUUGGCCCAACAUCGAAAAGCUUUUGUCAGGAACCGCCUUCCGCCAAAACUCUUCGAUUUGCAGACAUUUUCAUGGAUGCCUUGAGAACGAUGACAUUGCACAAGUUAAUCUGUAUCUGUUUGGAAGACGUACAAUACGCGGAUGAUGAGUCUUCCAACCUGCUGCUCGAAAUCAUGCGGACGAAAUUGAGAUGCGUUUUCAUCGUUACAGGCCGCCCUGAGGAAAUUGUUCUCCCUGAUGUCAGGCUGCUUUUUCAUACUGAAGGUCCACAAAUCACAAGGAUCGAACUUGGCCCUCUGAGUGAAAAUGACAUCCUCAACUACGUCGCUGCAACUCUUCACCGUCCGCCCGACAAGUCGUUGAUCCCGCUCGCUGCGAUUAUUCAAGAGAAAAGUCGAGGGAUCCCUUUCUACAUUAGACUGAUCUUAGAGACUUGCAGUCGCAAAAAUUGCAUAUGGUAUUCUUGGAGAGAUUCUACCUGGCAGUUUGACAUUGAUCGGAUAUUCACAGAGCUUGCUACUCCGGAUUAUGGUCAAGAUCUACAGGUUGACUUUGUCGCGAAAAGGUUCGAAGAACUGCCUGCGGAGGCACGGUCAAUUUUACUCUGGGCGGCGUUGCUCGGUAGCCCAUUUUACUUCUCUGUGAUUCAGAAAUUACUCAGUGGAGAAUUCCCACAAGUUUCUGAUGCUGCUGAAGGCGAUUGUGCCAAACGUCGAAAGAGAACUAAACUCACUCAAUCGAGUAGCAGCGUCAUUGCUGGGCUUCAAUACCUGCUCCAAUCUUAUAUCAUUCUUCCAGGUGAUACUGACGACGAGUUCAGGUUCUCUUUUGACCGCUAUGCGCAGGCCGCGACACUCAUGGAGCAAUGCCACAAUCCAGAUCAAAUGCACUUCAUUAUUGCUCAGACAUUAAUGAAAUACUUCGCCUCGGAUGAAAAAAUGCUAUAUUCGCGAGCCCAUCAUAUAUCAAAAGCGGCAAAACUGAUAAAGGAGAAUGUACCUCAUCGCAUCAGAUAUCGUGACGAACUAUCAAAGGCAGCUGUCACGGCACAAAAGUCAAGCGCUAGUACUACCGCUCUAACGUUCUAUCAGACAUGCAUUUGUCUGCUGCAAGACAAUGCAUGGGAUGAUAGCAAACCCGAUGUUUUUUAUGAGGAAACGAGAGAAUUGCACAUUAGGACCGCUGAGGUGUUGCUUGCCCAAAGACGUACAUCUGAGGCAACAGAGCUUUUAUCCGUGAUCUUUGCCAAUGCACACACACCGGCUUGUAAGGCCCGCGCCUGGGUUUUACAAAGCCGCAUUAAGGCUGAAAACGGUGAGCUUGAUUUGGCUUUGAAUUCUCUACUUUCAGGCUUGAGCGAUCUUGGGGUGAACAUCAAAAGAGACGUCACUUGGGAAGAAGUCGAUGAGGCUUAUAUGCAGCUCAGCACAUAUCUCCUUGAGGCCGACUUGGACGCUUUAUUCUCACGGCCACUUAGCGAUGACCGAACUUUACUCGCGAUCGGGGCUGUUAUGUCAGAGGCGAUAGGCUUGAGCGUCUGGAUGGAGCCCAAGUUGUUUUGCAGAUACGCCGUGGAAUUGAUGAAUAUUUACAUAUCUCGGGGUCCUUUCGCCCAGAUAGCGUAUCUAUGCACACAUUUAAUCAUGAUUGCCACGAGCCGAUACAAAGACAUUGAGUUGGGAAUGAAACUGAGCGAGGCAGCGCUGACUUUCCUCGAACAAUACAAAGAACCAUCUUUUGCAACUCGUGGGAUCUUGAUUCAUAACGCUUUUGUGAAUCAUAUGCGGGUCCCAUUGGCACUGACUCUUCCAAUGCUUGAAAGUUCGAUGCAGACUGCACACAACCUUGGAGACCGUCAUAUAACACUAUUUGCAAUGGGCACUAUGGUGGUCACCGGCUUUUCUCUUGGACAUGACCUCGUAGAGCUUGAACAGCAUUGCAAUUGCGCUAGUGAGGAGGUAAGAGAUUGGGUUGACGACGUACGCGGCGGUCCCAUCAUCUUAGGAAUUAGGCAAGCGGCUCGUGCCCUUCAGGGAAAGACAUACACUAGCAGUCCAGAGCAAAUCAUGUCCGACGACUCUUACGACGAACAGCAAUAUAUGAAAACUCUUGCGUCCAACGGUUCGCAUCCGCACUCGUUGAAUUCAUACCGUGCGAUAAUGCUGGUUCCCCUCUAUCUUUACGGCUACUAUGAUAGAGUCGUAGAUGUUGGCACGGCUAUUGUGAACAAUAUCGAAUGCCUGUGGUCCUCCCGUUUCGCGACACAGACCUACUUUUACCUAUCACUUGCUAUUCUAUCUCGUCACAUUGAAGAUCCGUCUCGACCAGGUUUGGAACAAGAUAUUGAGUUGGUUCAGAAAUAUAAACAAGAAAUCGAUCUUAUGGAAUCGGCCUGCAAUACGAAUUUUGGCAUGUGGUCAUUGCUAGUGCAAGCUUUACUUUGUGAGUUGAAGGAGGACUACUCGGGAACGAUGCAGGCGCUGGAGGCCGCGCUUGAUCAUACUCAGCUUUACAAUUUCCCACUGGAAGAAGCAAUGGCGCUCGAAUUUCAAGUUGAUUUCCUCGUUCGUCGGGGUGCAAGACGGGCUGCGCAGGCGAUUUUGAAGCAUGCAAUUCCUGCGUGGAGUCGAAUGAGCGCCGUUGGAAAAGCUAAGCAGCUAACUGAAAGUCAUGAGUGGCUUUCGAGGAUGGGGACCAUCUCACGAUCUAAAGAAGCUGGGUGCCAAACUCUUGACGCACUAGUUGUUUCUUCGAAUACAGGAUCGGAUGGCAACGGCAGCCAGGCCCGUCUCGAGGACGAGCAUAAUCGGAAGUGGUUAGAACAAGAUCAAGAUUGGGCGGAAGGGACUUUAGAUGUCUCCAGAGUCGGUUUAGAUAUCAUCGAUUUGUCGAGUAUCCUGGAGUUCAGUCAAGUGAUGUCGUCAGAGCUCGAAAUAGACAAGCUUCUCACGAAGAUGGUCGGCAUAAUCUUGGAAUCCUGUAGUGGGUCUGAGAUAGCCCUCGUUAUUACUGAAUUUGAAUCUCAAGGCUGGUGUGUUGCCGCCGCUGGGGAGAUGGAUAAGGGAGAGGUCUCCUAUGCGGACGGUCUGCCCUUUUCUGAGGUCGAAGAUAAAAUGGCCCAGCAAAUCACUCACUACACGUUGCGAACUCGAGAACCAGUGUUGGUUCACAACGUUCUGGAAGACGAGCGAUUUUCGAAUGUUUCCGACGUGUAUGCUAGUCGAAAUCCUGAGGGAAGAUCUGUAAUCGCGCUGCCGAUUCUUCAAGCAAAUAACUUCCUUGGAGUUAUCCAUAUUGAGGGGAAGCCCAAUUCAUUUACUCACCGCAAUUUGGUUGUAUUGCGGCUUGUUUGCAAUCAGGUUGGGAUAUCACUUGUGAAUGCUUUCUUAUUCCGGGAGGCUCGCAAGAUCAGUGCUGCAAAUGCUGCUAUGAUUGAGGCCCAGAAACGAGCAUUGGCACAGGCGCGGGAAGCAGAACAGAAAGCCAAAGAGGCUGAGGCCGAAGCAAGACAUAACGUUAAGCUCAAGGAAGAGGCCGCAAAGGCAAAGUCCAUCUUUUUGGCUAACAUCUCUCACGACUUGCGAACGCCGAUGACAGGAGUCAUUGGUUUAUCUGAACUUCUUAAACAAACAAGCCUAGAUCGCCAACAGGAUGUCUAUGUCGAGUCCAUUCGCGUUUGCGCCGAUACUCUUCUCACCCUGAUCAACGACAUCUUAGAUUUCUCGAAAUUAGAGGCUGGUAAGAUGAAAGUCACUACUGUUCCCCUUAAUCUGAGGCAAACAAUCGCCGAGGUGGUUCGAGCGCUUCGAUACACCCACCGCGACCGUGGGUUGGAGACUAUUGAGGACUUCGACGAUAUUGACCCAGACCUAUUGGUUCUUGGGGAUCCAGUGCGAUUACAUCAAAUCUUUAUGAACCUCCUUAGCAACAGUUACAAAUUCACACCCAAGGGAUCAGUGACGGUCCGAGCCAAGGUUGCUGAGGAGAGCGAAAACACGAUUCGAGUUACUUGCACAGUUGCCGAUACCGGAAUUGGCAUUUCAAAUGACCAUAUGGCCCGACUUUUCCGACCGUUCUCGCAAGCUGACAGUUCGACGGCAAGGUCGUAUGGCGGCAGCGGGUUGGGAUUAAGCAUAUGCAAAGCCAUCAUCGAAGACGUACUUGGCGGGAAGAUUUGGCUGCACUCUGAUGUGGGCGUGGGUACAAAAGUGACUUUUACAGUGACGUUCAAGAAAGCACCACCAGAUGCGGUUGCCAGGACACCUUGGUCCCAGGAUAUCUCUCAAGACAAGAAACAGCAGCCCCAGAAGCGAGUUGUGCGGGAUCUGACUUGCAUUCCUCGCGACCAAAUUCGAGUCUGUAUCGCCGAAGACAAUCCGAUCAAUCAAAAAAUCGCCGUGAAUUUCGUUCAUAAUCUCGGCCUUACCAGCGACGUUUAUAGUGAUGGCCAACAAGCCGUGCGAGCACUGCAACAGCGAUCCAAGGAAGGAAAUCCAUAUCAUGUUGUUCUGAUGGAUGUCCAAAUGCCUGUUCUCGACGGGUACGAUGCAACGCGAAAAAUCCGCGAGGACGAAGAUCCCAAUGUCAAUGAAGUUCUUGUCAUCGCGAUGACUGCGAGUGCCAUCGAAGGAGACCGCGAAAAGUGCAUUGAUGCCGGCAUGAAUAACUACCUAGCGAAACCUGUUAGGUCUGAUGUGUUAAGGGGCAUGCUCGACCGAUACCUCGCGCCGCAAUCGAGACGGUUGACAAGGCCCAAACCUGGUGGUGGCUUUUUGCGGUCCAACCCAUCUAAAACUUCGACAAGGGCAACGUUACAAAUCCGAAGUGCAUCAAACAUCACGGUUCGAGAGGCUUCUGAUGCGGAUCCAAAUAGUGGAAGAGGCGACACUGUAAAAGAGACCGGUGAUACAGAUUCAAACGCGCCAAACGGAGACAGGGAACCAAAUGGCCCUACCGGUACCCAGACUUGA